ACUUUCAUUUACUUGGUUUCAUCAAAGAAUCGAUGAACUUUUCGACUUGUAACAGUAAUUAUUAAUUACACGUAUUUGUCACAGUAUCUGAAAAUUACAUUGAACAGUUCUAACAUUGUGUAUGUAUAAAUGUGUUCUAUUCUCAUUGAUUUAUUUUUUUGAUGUUACAGUGAUCUAAAUACAAACUUAAAAGCAUUUCAUUAAAGUUGUCCUAUCUUCCGUAAUAACUGCGUAUAAUUAAAUGAGUGAUUUGAAGUGGCUGUAAAAUAAUAGACUUCACAAUGUGCGGAGGAUUCACUUGUUCCAAAAAUGCUCUGAUUGCGCUGAAUAUUCUAUAUGUGGUUGUGGCCAGCAUUCUGAUAUCAGUGGCGGUGUACGGGCAGGCGUCGUCACUGGUCACCAACUUGCCAAUUGUGGGAGGCAUUCUGGCAUGUGGGGUGUUCCUCAUUUUGAUAUCCCUGCUGGGUCUACUUGGAGCAGUUAAACAUCAUCAAGUUAUGCUGUUCUUUUAUAUGGUGAUUCUAUUUCUACUGUUUUUGGUGCAAUUUUCAGUAGCAUGUGCUUGUCUGACUGUUAACUCAGAUCACCAGGAAAUGUUGGCUCGUCAGGGAUGGAACAAAGUUACUUUGGAUGUGAAAGAACAAGUUCAGGAACGGUUUCAGUGCUGCGGCUUUCAGAGCAGAACACCUGAGAAUGGAACCGCUGAGCACCCUUCGUGUGAAAUAGUUGAUAAAAUUUGCUGCCAGAAUGCAUUUGACCCAUUACAUUGUCAAUGUGAGCCAUGUAUGGGAAAACUGAAGGAGACCAUUGACUAUGCAUUCAAGCUAUGUGGUGGCAUUGGGCUGUUUUUCAGUUUCACUGAGUUUCUGGGUGUAUGGUUGACAGUAAGAUACCGUAACCAAAAGGAUCCGCGUGCUAACCCCAGUGCAUUUCUGUGAAUGAUCUGACGAUGUGGAUUUUAAUCACUUGAGUUAUUCGCUGUAUGGCUCGCCCGACGUUACCGCAACCAGCCCGACCCUAAUUAUAAGGAACCUCACGCUAUAUUCCCUAGGAAAAAUUACUUGUACUGAAGUGGAACACCUUAGUUUUAGAACUGUUAUUCCCCCAGACUGAUUUAGUGAAUUUUGCCAGUUGCUGUAUGUUUCCCUACAUUACAACAUGUCGACAUACGUGCAAGUCAGUGUAUCUUUCAUUCAGCAAUCAAAAUAUAUGACAUCACAGUUUACAUCUAUCUUUAAAAUAACAAUAAGAGUAUUAUUCGUUUGUGUAUAAAAAUAUCAUUGAACCUUAUCACGUAUGUAGGCACACCGUAAGAUAACAAAGACGUUUUCUUCACAUAUUUAUCACAAAAAACAAAAAUGUAUAGUCACGAUGUGUUUUAGAAGCCAAUAUUAAUAUUGUUAUCACAAAUUCGUUUCGUUCGUCAUCUGACUUUUGGAGCAUGUUAGUGAUUUGUGUAAAUGAGCUACCUACCUUUUAUCGUAGUCAAUUUUUCUUUCGUAUACCAUCUAUACGAGAAUUUUAUUAGUAAUUGUCAAAGAACCAAGGAGAGUACAUCCAUUUUUGACUUCGAUACUUUAUUAUGUAAUUGAACCUACUUCUGUGCGGAUAUUAGAUACAUAAAAUGAAAAUUUAUGAUUGAUGAUGAGUGUUAGAAAAGAAGGUUCUAUAUGUAUAUUAGCUUGUUCGAAUGUAUUCAUUCUAGUGAUUUGAUCAUAGGCAUGGUUUAAGUCCUCGAAUUUCCAUUUUAAAAGUAGGUAUGCCUCUUAGGUGUUUUUCUUAUUUUUGAAUUUUAAUAGACUACUACACAGUUUGAAGCUUCAUAUCAUUGUAGAAAAAUGUUAUAUAGUAAGAGUGAUGAGUAGUAAGCCUUUGUAUUUUCUGGCUUUCAGAUUUAUGGGCAAAUGUUCAUUUGAUUAUGAAUUUUAUUUUUUAUUGACAUUACAAAUAGUAGAUAAUAUUUAAAUUAAAGAGGCUUAUAACUGGCAUCACUGAGGUCGCAUGAGAUCUCACAAUGCAUUUGUUUUUCUUAAUUAAAACAAUGCCAUUUCAGGUAUUCAUAGUUCUCGCUAAAUUCAAUGCGGUCACCAACUCAAUGACGAGCACACGUAAGACCGAGUCAUAUACGAUGUGCAUGUACAUUCACACACACAAGUAUGGCUCACCGGCUUUCGUGUAAUAAACAUCUAUAGUUAAAAAUCGUUUCUGGUCAGCGUAUCGCGCGUUGUUCCACGACUACAAAAAGUUUAGCGAGAACUUUACCUAGGAUAAAAAACGUAUGUUUUAGGUACAUUUUAUCUACUAGUCAGUAGUCUAUUAUUUUAGCAUAAUCUUGCUUUCAUCUUGAAAUACCAAUAAAACGUAUGAGCUAUUGUUAGCCUUUACGGACUGAAUUUGUUAUAGAUAGAUUAAGUGCCACCGUCAAUUUGCACGGUUGUCUGUUUGCCCCGACUUAGUUAUUUUGAAUUAAACUUAUUUUGUUACCUGCAUAUUUUUAACUCAUUUAAGCUUUAAUUAGAUGUUUUCAUCAUUUACACCUGUAAUUGUAAAAUCGUUUUAAUUCCCCAGUGUAAUAUUUUUGAAACAUUUUAAUUAAUUUGGUUAAAAAAGAGUUUUUACCUAGUUUUUUAACAUUUACACACAGUAGACGAAUUAUUUUUAUUUUGAAUAAAAACUAUUUAUGAUAAUUAUUAUGGAAUUUAUGAUGAAGUCUCGAAUUUCGCCAACUAGAAACAAAGGCAUCCUUCAAAUAGUCUAUAAUUUAUAAUGUAGUAUCGUGUACAUAAUAUUGCCAAAAUGAAUUAUCCUUGUGUAUUAUCAGUGUAUUGAUAUCUAUCUUACUCGGAAAUAAAGUGUGCAAGCAUU